GCGUGUAGGAUAGAACUAGUAUACGGGUGAAUGCUGGUCAACAUGGCCUCGGUGGGCCUGUUUCCAUGCUGUAUCACUAAAACUUCAGCAGCUCAUCACGGACAAAGAUUUGACUCAAAUUGCUUUGAUUUAUCCACUCUAGAUGCUAUUAGCCAAAUUGCUGUAUCACAUGUUACCACGGCUACCCCUGGGAUACAUCGAUCCACUAGCAAUAUCAUCAGACAAUCGUCAGGUGUCGACUUAUAUAAAUGAUCCUCUCGUCUACCAUGGACCCGUGACUGUGAAAUUUGCUUUUGAGGUGUUGAAUGCGCUAAACACGAUCGAGAAAUUGUUCCCAACCAUCACCUCACCGGUACUAAUAAUGCACGGCGAUGCGGAUACUCUAUCAGACAUCAGGGGAUCCUACAUUAUGUACGGGAAGUUGGGCAGCAUGGACAAAACAUUUAAGACCUUUGUGAACGCCUCUCACGAACUUCAUUACGAACCUCUCCCUGUGCGUAGCAAGGUGCUGAAACUGAUUAGAACGUGGCUCCAGGAUCGGUUACCAGCAGCAACCUGAGCAGAUUGCGACAUGGGAAGUUUUAGAGGAGUAGAAUCAGUUGAGAAAAAACUAACUUCAAACCUUCACAAAUCAGAAGCAACUCAGUUUUUUUUCCCCACAAUAAUUUUUUUUUUUAAAGAAAAAAAACUGUUUAGCUACUUUCAUUGGAGCUUUGGAAACAGACUUUGAGUGCUUCCCUUCUCGUUUUACCCACUUCUUCCUAUCAUCUUCGGAGUUUCUCCAAACCAGCUUAUCAGUUGUUCAUCAAGGACCUUUCCUCAUGCCCUGGUUAAGAGGCUCUGUCACAGGAACUCUCAGUGUUGUAUGGCAUAUUACACUUUUCAGAGGAUGGGUUAGUAAUGCAACAAAGUGGGUUCAAGACCAAAUUCAGCAUCACUUCCAAGACUCACGCCUGCCACACUGUUGAGUUUAAUAUCUUAACAUGUCCGCGUCUGAGACUUGGAUAGCAUGCACAUACUUUUAAGACUUUCAAAGCAAGUUGCCUUAGUACCAAACGUUCCCGAGGACAAAAGAACUAACUCAACUGCGUUAAAUAAGAGGACAGACAAGGAAUGAUGAGCUGCCAUCUUAAAAUAUCCAUCUUUCAAAUAUUGCUUUUGCAUAUUGUAUGGCACCAAGACACAACUGAUUAAUAAUCAGAUUUAUUUGAGAUGCUUUGAACCAAGACUUUAGCGCUGGUUUGUGGAGCGCCUUUCAAUAUUGUAGGCUCAGCCAUGCACAGAUUACAACUUCUAGCUGGCGUUGAGUAAUCCGAAGCAUACGUUCUUUAGAUGAGAUGAACUGAAAGUGGAUGGUCGAUGCUUCUUAGACCGGGCCAAAAGUUGCAUCUUCCCUCAAUCACAAACUGAAUAAGAAAUUACUUAUCUUCUUCUGUACUCAAUUUAUGCAAAGUGAAUAAAAUGGCAGCACAUUGUGCAGAACAUUGCCGUGAAAGCACAUGGCCGGCUUCAAUAUUAAAAGAGUUACGUUAUUUUUUCUUUUUGAUUCCUCCUAAAAAAAUUCUCUGCUCGUUGGAAUUGCUAGGUAGUUUCUAUAUUAAAUGAUUUAUUCUGGGAAUAUAAUCUCCGUCGUCAAAUUCAGCUUUUUUUCCUCAAGUCAUCACUCAAAUUAAAGUUUGUUGCCGUAUGCUCAAGUAUGGUGAGGUACAAGUACAAUGAAAAAUUCUUGCUUACAGCUGCAUCACAGGGACAUAGACUCAAACACACAAACAAACAACCAUACAAAAUAUAUU